AUGGCCAGCACAGUCAUGUCGACGCAGCUGAAUCCGUGGAACUACGAGAAGCCCACCAUGGCCACUCGCUCGGAGCGUUGCAGCUCUGACAGCUCCGCCUCCAGCCCUACCUUGUGCAACGACCGCCACGACACAUUACGGCUAGACACCGCUGCCACACAACCCACCAAAAAGGGGUCCAUCUCCCUCCAGGACCGCUACAUGUCGAGCGAAGAGGACCUGUCGCCGGCCUACGAGGACUCUGGCUCCGAGUCCGAGUACGACUACGACGCCGUCGUGGUCGAGGAUCUGACCAAGCAAUGCCACUCCGCACAGAGGAUGUCCAUGUCGCGCUGGAACCAGGGGAAGAGCUGCGACACGGCCGUCAAAGUCUCGUACGCCUUCGUGGGCCGCCCCAAGGUAGUCGAGCUCAACCUGAGCUCGCCAGCACUCGAGCGUCCCAUCUUACAACAACGCUCCGUCUCGCUGGCCAACCUGCCGGCGACAGCCAUGAGCAAGACACAAAAGGUCGACCAAGUCCAGCGCCACUCGCUGAACGUCGUCCCUGUUCUGAAGCGACCCAUCUCCCCACUGGCACGCCCCAUCUCUCCUCUCGCUGUCAUCGAGCCUCGACGCCCCUCCACAAGCUACAGCCCCUCAAGCAAGACAAGCACACUGAACAUAGGCGACCUGACCUCCGCGCCCUCAUCCGUCAACACCGCACCAUCAAGUCGCAGCGCAUCGCCCGCAGUGUCUGCUCCCAUCCGACCUGCCAGUGCAACCCCAGAAACUGCGUCUUCGCGACGCUCGUCAGUCUACAUCCCUACAGGAGCUCGCCCUGAGUUGCAGCGAGGCCAGACAACACAGACUCAGUUCCGUUUCUCCCACCAAACCGCACCGCCGACACCCAUGUCGCCGGCAACACACGCCUUCCUCAACACCGACCCCUUCGCGAAGCCGGCCGGCAACACUGCAAUCCCUGCAAACAAGCCUUCCACACACAGACGUCUGCGGUCCAUCUCCAUGAAGCUCUCCCUCGCUAGGAUCGCCAUAACCCCCUCGUCAAAGAAGAGUGCCAACAACGCCCCUGUCUCGCCGUACACACCCCUGACGCCACAGACUGCGCCCAUCGAAGCCACAUCCGGAUUCGCGAGCCCAAUGCCCAACAAGCUGCGCCGCGCGUCCACCAUCCUGCGACCAAAGUCUCGCGGGGGAGACCCAUCCAGAGGCCCUUCGCCGGAGAUGGCUCCUCCAGUCCCUGUCCUGAAUCGAGCCAGCACCAUGGGCCUGCCUCAGCGCCAGUCCAAGAUGGUCGCAAGAGGAGCCGACGAGCGCGAGCCCACGCUCGUCCUUCCUCCUUUUGCAGACACGGACAUGAAUCCCAUGGCCGCCGUCAAGAGCGGAAAGCUACGGAAGCGCAAGUCCCUCAUGGAUCUGCUCUAG